CAAGAUUUUAAACCAUCUCUUCAAGAAGUUAAAGACCUUGUGACAGAGAAGGGGGGAAAUACAAUCCCUAUUUAUUGCACGAUUCCUGCAGAUCUAACCACACCUGUUGGUGCUUAUUUACGUGUAGCAGAACAAAGUGGUGCUGUAGGAUAUGUCGCGUAUGAUUGUGUGAAAUAUUUUGAACCGCGAACUACACGCGAAUUAGAUGAUCCUUUAGGCCUUCCAGAUUCAGUUCUUUUGCUUUUUGACACAUUGGUCAUUUUUGAUCAUAUAUAUCAGGUUAUAAAAGUGGUAUCUCAUUAUCGAUACGAUAAAGCAGAUUCACAAUUUGUAGAUUAUCAUUAUCAAAAGGCUACGGAUAAACCCACUCCUAAUAUAACUCAAAAAGAAAUAAUAUUGAAUCAGACAUCUGUUUCUAAUGUUGGCAAGGAUGGUUAUAAAGAAUUUGUUACAAUAUUGAAGGAUUAUAUAAAGAAAGGUGACAUUAUCCAAGCAGUUCCAUCUCAAAGAUUUGCGCGUCCUACCACUAUCCAUCCUUUCAAUGCUUAUCGACAUUUACGGACAGUAAAUCCAUCACCAUAUUUGUUUUAUAUCGAUCUAAAUGACUUCCAAAUUGUUGGUGCUUCUCCCGAGCUCCUUGUCAAGGUCGAAGAUAAUAUCGUAUACACACACCCAAUUGCUGGUACUCGUAAACGUGGAAAAAAUAAAGAAGAAGACGAGAUGCUUGCCAAAGAACUACUUAGUGAUCCGAAAGAAAGAGCAGAGCAUGUUAUGCUUGUUGAUCUUGGACGAAAUGAUGUCAAUCGUGUUUGCCAACCUCAAACUGUUAAAGUUGACUCGUUAAUGCAUGUUGAACGUUACAGCCAUGUUAUGCAUAUUGUGAGUCAAGUUUCCGGUAAACUUCGUCCGGAUAAAACAAGAUUUGAUGCGUUCAGAUCAAUUUUUCCAGCAGGUACUGUUUCUGGAGCACCCAAAGUCAGAGCUAUGGAGCUUAUUUCUGAACUUGAGAGAGAGAAAAGAGGUGUUUAUGCUGGCGCUGUAGGUCAUUUCGAUUUCGCAAAUUCCAUAGACACUUGCAUUGCGAUUCGUACCAUGGUUUUCAAAGAUGGUUUUGCAUACUUUCAAGCAGGAGGUGGAAUCGUCUAUGAUAGUAAUGAAGAUAGUGAAUAUCAAGAAAUCGUCGACAAGCUUCAAUCAAGUGUUACUUGUAUUGAUAAAGCUGAGGAAUAUCAUUUUAAAUUACAA